AUGCCGUCUGCACAACCACCAGCAUCCCUCGCAUCUAGCUCGUCUGAGCCCUCAUGUUCUCCUGUUCCAGGCGCAAUCAACACUGCGGACGACCGCAAUGACCGUUCUUCAUCCACCCCUACCGCCGCAUCAUCCAAGCAAGCCGGCUCAGGCAGCGUCCAAGACAAGGAUAAGCCGCGCCUGACGGAACAAGAGAAGAAAAACAACCAUAUCGCAUCGGAACAAAAGCGCCGUGCAGCGAUCCGUGAGGGCUUCGAUCGCCUCACGGAGCUCGUCCCGGGUCUAGAAGGCCAGGGCCGGAGCGAAAGCAUUGUGUUGAAAAAGACAGUGGACUUCAUUCAUGUGAAAUUGCAGGAGAGACAGGAGCUCAUCUCCGAGAUUGAGCACAGAGGGGGACGCAUUGACGAUAUAGACUCAAAAACCGCCCUCGUUACCCAACAAGACCCAAUCGACCCCCCACCAGCCUACGACGCAACAAGCACCGUCCCAGCACGCGCCCCCCUACCCCGCCCACCACCACUCUCCCUCCCCGUCCUCAACGACCUCCGCAACAAACGCGUAAUCCUCGCCUCCCAAUCCCCGCGCCGCCGCCAAAUCAUGUCCUUCCUCGGCCUGCCCAACCUAGAGAUCAUCCCGUCCAACGCCGAAGAAGAUUUCCCUAAGACCAUGGAGCCGUUCGAGUACGUGCUCGCCACAGCCACGAAGAAAGCCCAGGCGGUCUACGAGCAAGAGAUCCAGAACGAGGAGAAGGGCGAGCCGGCGCUGAUCCUCGCGGCCGAUACCAUCGUCGUGGAUACGGCUGCCGGAACGAUUCUCGAGAAGCCGCGCUCUGAGGCCCAGCAUAUCGCCAUGCUGAAGUCGCUGCGGGAUAAUCGCGAUCAUCAGGUCUAUACGGCCAUGGCGGCUAUGGCCCCGUUGGCUAGUGCGCGGUUGCCGGGGUAUGCGCUUGAGACGGCACUGGAGGAGACGAAGGUGCGGUUUGAUGGGGAAGUGACGGAUGAGUUGAUCUUGGCGUAUGUGCGGACGAGGGAGGGGGCGGAUAAGGCGGGUGGAUAUGGAUUGCAGGGUUUGGGGUCGAUUCUGGUGGAGAGUAUUGAGGGGAGUUGGGAUAAUGUGGUUGGGUUGCCGUUGAAGUCGGCUUUGAAGUUGAUAGAGAGGGUGGUUGAUAAGGCGGAUGACGAUGAUCGAUUGUCGGAGGGCGUUUCGGAAGAAGAGGAGGAGAAUUAA